AUGGGGCACAUGGGCUACCUAGGCUGCCUGGGCGAGCUGCGGGGGGCGUGGGCUACCGGGGGCACCUGGGGCACCUGGAAGGACCUGGGGUACAUGGGGUACAUGGGCUACCUGGGUUACCUGGGGGUACAUGAAGUAUCUGGGGCACCGGGGCUACCUGGGGGGAAUUUGGGCUACCUGGGUACCUGGGCUACCUGCGGGGUGGUUGGGCUACCUGGGCUACCUGGGGUAACUGGGGGUGGUUUGGGCUACCUGGAGUUCCUGAGGGGCACCUGGGGGUACCUGGGGUACAUGAGGUAUCUGGGGCGUACAUGGGGGUACAUGGGGUACCUGGGGGGUAUUACCUGGGGGUACCUGGGGUACAUGGGGGUAUCUGGGGUACCUGGGGGGCACCUGGGGCACCUGGAAGGACCUGGGGUACAUGGGGUACAUGGGCUACCUGUGGGGGUACAUGGGGUACCUGGGUUACCUGGGGGGUACAUGGGCUAUCUGGGCUGCCUGGGCGAGCUGCGGGGGGCGUGGGCUACCGGGGGCACCUGGGGCACCUGGAAGGACCUGGGGUACAUGGGGUACAUGGGCUACCUGGGUUACCUGGGGGUACAUGAAGUAUCUGGGGCACCGGGGCUACCUGGGGGGAAUUUGGGCUACCUGGGUACCUGGGCUACCUGCGGGGUGGUUGGGCUACCUGGGCUACCUGGGGUAACUGGGGGUGGUUUGGGCUACCUGGAGUUCCUGAGGGGCACCUGGGGGUACCUGGGGUACAUGAGGUAUCUGGGGCGUACAUGGGUACCUGGGCUACCUGGGGGUGAUUUGGGCUACCUGGGCUACCUGAGGGCCUACCUGUGUCUCACCUGCAUCGCACCUGCACUGCGGCAGGCGGGAUGGGGGAAGCACGGCUCCCCGUUUAACCCCCGGCCUGCCGGCUCCCAGUCACCCCGCCCUCCCGCAGGGGACGUUUACUGGUCGCACUGGUCGCCCUGGAGCCCCUGCUCGCGCAGCACCUGCGGCACCUGGGGCACGCAGAGCCGCGCGCGGCGCUGCCGCAGCGCCCGCGGCCCCGCCCCGCUCAAGGAGCUGCACUGCCGCGGCAAGGCCAGCGAGCGGCGCGCGUGCGGCGCCGGGCCCUGCCCAGGGGGCCGGGUGCUGGUGCAGGGCCGGGUGACGGCGGCCGACACCGGGGAGCCGCUGCGCUUCGGCCACAUCUUCCUCGGGGGGAGGAAAGUGGGUUUCACCGGCUACCAGGGCUCCUUCACCAUCGAGGUGCCGCCGGACACGCGGCGCUUGGUCGCUCGCUUCGUGGACGGCCAGCAGCGCUUGGUGGACGCGGUCAAGGUGCUGCCCUUCGACCGGCGAGGAGGAGCCGUGUACCACGAGGUGAAGAUGCUGCGCAAGAAGGAGCCGGUGGAGCUGGACGGCGGCCGGAGCAACGCGAUCCCGCUGGGGGAGUCCGGCGGCCGGGAGCCCGUCGGGGAGCUGCUGCUGCCGGCAGGAGUUUUCCUCCGGCCGUCCGGGGAGGUUUUUAACGGCACGGUCAAAGCCAGCGUGACCUUCGUGGAUCCCCGGGACAUGGGCACGGCCAGCGCAGCCUCCAGCGACCUGAGCUUCGCCAACGCCGAGGGGGAAAUCGUCCCGCUGCGCACCUACGGGAUGUUCGCCGUGGAUUUCCGGGAAGGAGAGAGCGGCGCGGCGCUGCAGGCGGGGCCGGUGCAGGUGAGGAUGGACGCGGGGCAGGUGUGGAUGGCGGAGCACCUGCAGAAGAUGAAGCUGUGGUCCUUGAACCCCGAGAGCGGCCUGUGGGAGGAGGAGGGCGUGCUGCGGCCGGCUGGAGGCGGCCGCAGGAGGAGGGAGGAGAGGACAUUCCUGGUGGGCAACCUGGAGAUCCGCGAGCGGCGCCUCUUCAACCUGGACGUGCCCGAGGAUCGCCGCUGCUUCGUCAAGGUCAGGGCUUACAGCAACGAGAAGUUCAACCCCUACGAGCAGCUGGAAGGGGUGGUGGUCAGCCUCAUCAACCUGGAGCCGCAGCCCGGCUUCCCCAGCAACCCGCGGGCUUGGGGCCGCUUCGACAGCGUGGUCACCGGCCCCAACGGCGCCUGCUUGCCCGCUUUCUGCGACGGCCAGCGCCCCGACGCCUACACGGCGCUGGUCACGGCCACGCUGGGCGGCGAGGAGCUGGAAGCCGUGGCCUCCGCCCUAAGCUCAACCAGCCCUAAGCUCAACCCGAACGCCGUGGGGGUGGCCCAGCCCUACCUGGGCAAGCUGGGCUACCGGCGCUCGGACCACGAGGACGCGGCGCUGAAGAAGACGGCGUUCCAGAUCAACGUGGCCAAACCCGACCCCAACAACGUGGACGAGAGUAACGGGCCCGUCUAUUCCUACCGGAGCCUGCGGGAGUGCGAGGAGGCGCCGGCCAGCGCCAACCACCUGCGCUUCUACCGCGUGGAGGUGGACAAGUACGAGUACAACGUGGUGCCCUUCAAGGAGAGCGACGUCACCUCCUGGACCGGCGACUACCUGGCGUGGUGGCCCAACCCGCAGGAGUUCCGGGCGUGUUUCAUCAAGGUGCAGCUGGAGGGGCCGCAGGAGUACAUGGUGAGGUCGCGGAACGUCGGGGGGAGCCACCCCCGCACUCGGGGCCAGCUCUACGGGCUGCGGGACAGCCGGAGCGUGCGGGACCCGCUGCUGGACAACACCUCGGGGGCCUGCGUGGAGUUCAAGUGCGGCGGGAUGCUCUUCGACCAGAGCCUGGUGGACAGAACGCUGGUGUCCGUCGUGCCGCAGGGCAGCUGCCGCCGCACGGCCAUCAACGGGCUACUGAGGGACUACCUGAGUCGCCACCCGCCGCUGGCCGAUAACAACCACACCGGAGCUUUCUCCAUGCUGGCCCCGCUGGACCCGCUGGGCCACAACUACGGCAUCUACACCGUGACGGACCAGAACCCGCGGCUGGCCAAGGAAAUCGCCAUCGGCCGCUGCUUCGCGGGCACCUCGGAUGGUUUCUCCAGGGAGAUGAGAGCGGGGGAGGGCACGGCCGUCACCUUCAGCUGCCAGGAGCGGCCGCCGGGCAGGGAGAGCUUCUUCCAGCGCCUGCUGAGCGCUCCGGCCGAGGCGCUGCAGGAGAUCCGCAGGGAGAUGGGGAGAUCCGAGCUGCGCCGCGCUCCCCCCGAAGUGAUGGACUUCUCCUCCGGAGCCCCCGGCCCCACCCGCCGGACCCCCCAGCGGAGACCGGGCCGGCUGAGGGGACAGCGCUGAGUCCCCUCCGUGUCCCCUCCCCGGCGCUGCU